AUGAUGAAGCCGUCCAUAGCUGAGAUGCUUCACAGAGGGAGGAUGCUGUGGAUAAUUCUUCUAAGCACAAUCGCUCUAGGAUGGACGACUCCAAUCCCCCUGAUUGAGGACUCAGAGGAAAUAGAUGAGCCCUGUUUUGAUCCGUGCUACUGCGAAGUUAAAGAAAGCCUCUUCCACAUACAUUGUGACAGCAAAGGAUUUACAAACAUUAGUCAGAUUACUGAGUUCUGGUCAAGACCCUUUAAACUGUAUCUUCAGAGGAAUUCCAUGCGAAAAUUGUACACCAAUAGUUUCCUUCAUUUAAAUAAUGCUGUGUCCAUUAACCUUGGGAACAAUGCAUUGCAGGACAUUCAAACUGGCGCUUUUAAUGGUCUUAAGAUUUUAAAGAGACUAUAUCUUCAUGAGAACAAACUAGAUGUCUUCAGAAAUGACACCUUCCUUGGCUUAGAAAGUCUGGAAUACCUGCAGGCAGAUUACAAUGUCAUUAAACGUAUAGAGAGUGGGGCAUUUCGGAACCUAAGUAAAUUGAGGGUUCUAAUCUUAAAUGAUAAUCUCAUUCCUGUACUUCCAACCAAUUUAUUUAAGGCUGUCUCCUUAACCCAUCUGGAUUUACGUGGAAACAGGUUAAAGGUCCUCUUCUACCGCGGAAUGCUAGAUCACAUUGGCAGAAGCUUGAUGGAGCUCCAACUAGAAGAGAACCCUUGGAACUGCACCUGUGAGAUUGUACAGCUGAAGAGUUGGCUGGAGCGAAUCCCGUACACAGCCCUGGUGGGGGACAUCACCUGUGAGACACCUUUCCAUUUCCACGGGAAGGAUCUCCGAGAAAUCAAGAAGACAGAGCUCUGUCCGUUGUUGUCCGAUUCGGAGGUGGAGGCCAGUCUAGGGAUUCCCCACUUAUCGUCAAGCAAAGAGAAUGCCUGGCCAACGAAACCGUCUUCAAUGUUGUCCUCUGUUCAUUUUACAGCUUCUUCUGUUGAAUAUAAGUCCUCCAACAAGCAGCCAAAACCCACCAAACAGCCCCGAACACCCAGACCACCGUCUACAUCCCAGGCUUUAUACCCUGGUCCAAACCAACCUCCCAUUGCCCCCUAUCAGACCAGACCACCUAUUCCCAUUAUCUGUCCAACUGGGUGUACAUGUAAUUUGCAUAUCAAUGACCUUGGCUUGACUGUCAACUGCAAAGAACGAGGAUUUAAUAACAUCUCAGAGCUCCUUCCAAGGCCCUUGAAUGCUAAGAAGCUCUACCUGAGCAGCAAUCUGAUUCAGAAGAUAUACCGCUCUGAUUUCUGGAAUUUUUCUUCUUUGGAUCUCUUGCACCUGGGGAACAACCGUAUUUCCUAUGUCCAGGAUGGGGCUUUCAUCAACCUGCCCAACCUGAAGAGUCUCUUUCUCAAUGGCAACGACAUAGAGAAGCUGACACCAGGUAUGUUCCGAGGUCUACAGAGCUUGCAUUACUUGUACUUCGAAUUCAACGUCAUCCGGGAAAUCCAACCUGCAGCCUUCAGCCUCAUGCCCAACUUGAAGCUGCUAUUUCUCAACAAUAACUUGCUGAGGACCCUGCCAACCGAUGCCUUUGCAGGUACAUCCCUAGCUCGGCUCAACUUGAGGAAGAACUACUUCCUCUAUCUGCCAGUAGCUGGCGUCCUUGAACACUUGAAUGCCAUUGUGCAGAUAGAUCUCAAUGAGAAUCCUUGGGACUGCACUUGUGACCUGGUCCCCUUUAAACAGUGGAUCGAAACCAUCAGCUCAGUCAGCGUCGUAGGUGAUGUACUCUGUAGGACCCCCGAGAACCUCACUCACCGUGACGUGCGCACUAUUGAGCUGGAAGUUCUAUGCCCAGAGAUGCUGCAUAUUGCACAGCCUGGACCAUCCCCACCACAGCCUGGAGAUUACCACCCGAAUGGAGCACCAACAAGUUCAUCACCGUAUGAGUUCUCUCCUCCCGGGGGCCCUGUACCACUUUCUGUGUUGAUUCUCAGCCUGCUGGUUCUAUUUUUCUCAGCGGUCUUUGUUGCUGCAGGCCUCUUUGCUUACGUGCUCCGUCGCCGUAGGAAGAAGCUGCCCUUUAGAAGCAAGCGGCAGGAAGGUGUGGACCUUACAGGAAUCCAGAUGCAAUGUCACCGACUGUUCGAGGACACUGGGGGCAGUGGCGGUGGGAAUGGAGGUGGAGGGCGACCAACUCUGUCCUCUCCAGAGAAAGCCCCUCCCGUGGGUCACGUGUAUGAGUACAUCCCCCACCCCGUAACCCAGAUGUGCAACAACCCCAUCUACAAGCCUCGAGAGGAGGAAGAAGUGGCUGCCUCGGCAACCCAGGAAACAGGAGCUGCAGAACGUGGAUGUCCUGGGACGACGCAGCCUCCAGGAAUGGGUGAGGUGCUCUUAGGAAGUGAGCAGUUUGCAGAAACACCCAAGGAGAAUCACAACAACUACCGGACCUUGUUGGAAAAGGAGAAGGAGUGGGCCCUGGCGGUUUCCAACUCCCAACUCAACACCAUAGUGACGGUGAACCAUCACCACCCUCAUCCUCACCACUCGGCAGUCGGUGGGGUCUCAGGGGUAGGUGGAGGGACUGGGGGAGACUUGGCUGGGUUCCGCCACCACGAGAAGAAUGGUGGGGUGGUGCUGUUUCCCCCUGGGGGAGGUUGUGUGGGUGGCAGUCUGUUACUAGACCGGGAGAGGCCACAGCCUGCUCCGUGCACAGUGGGAUUUGUGGACUGUCUCUAUGGCACAGUGCCCAAAUUAAAGGAACUCCAUGUCCACCCCCCUGGCAUGCAAUAUCCAGACUUACAGCAGGACGCCAGGCUCAAAGAAACCCUUCUCUUCUCAGCUGGAAAGGGCUUCACAGACCACCAAACCCCCAAAAGUGAUUACCUCGACUUAAGGGCCAAACUUCAAACUAAGCCGGAUUACCUCGAAGUUCUGGAGAAGACAGCAUACAGAUUCUAA